GCGGCGCGUUGCGCUAGAUAUUAACUAUUAGGCCAUUCCUAGUUCAACUAUGCCAGAUAUGGGUGUCAGAAUCUCAAUUUAUGUUUUACUUCAGGAUGUCGUCAGCCGCAUUCAAUCAGCAGUACCAAAAAAUUUAUGGAUACUGUACAAAACCAUGCGCAUUUUCAGAAUGCAAUUCAAGCGGAUCUCAAUCUGGCUUUAAACUGAAGUUUCAUAACGAUGGUUCGACGUCGACAACAGAUCUUCACUAUUUUUCGUCACGUUUACAUCAUUGCGAGUGGCAUCCUAUAACAUCGUCAGUGGUAUGUGCAUCUGUACAAACGGAUAUACCCCCAGGGACUACUGCUCCCUGUCCAACUGUAUGUGCCAAUCAUUGUUUUUGUUCACAUGAUUCCAAAAGAAAUGCAAGAUCUUCAGAGAUCGAUAUUGGUGAAGAAUGCAGUUGUGAUAAAGUGCAUAGAAAUCGAAGUGAAGCCUCGAUGUCAAGUGCUAAAACGAGUUCAAAAGCUAAGCGAGGAUUAAAGAAAAAGAAUAGUCUCUGCAAAAAUAACCACCAAAAAAGAUCUGCUAAAAAAACCAGUAAAGUUGAAUGUGAAUGUCGGAAACCCAAUACGACAGACAAGUCCGUGACAACCUACACCGAUCAAGCGAGUAAUUGCAUCGCUGAGGAACGUAAAACCCAAACAUCACCAUCAAAAUGUACUAUGUCUUCCUUCAGUAGCAGUCUCAACAAGCACACGAUGAGUAAAGAUGGAUUAGCAACCGAAUUAUGGUUUCCCAAAUCUCCCCCGCGACGUAAAUCAGUAGACGUAACCACUCCUGAGAAAAUAAUAGGAGUUUAUGAGACCGAUUGCAGUUCAGAUUCAUGUUGCUGCUCAGCUACGGACACGGACGCCCGUGGCGAUUGACAUUUUGAGUAAAACAAAGUUAUGGUUUUGGAAUUAUAUUUUGCUAUCAUACAGUUUAUCCCUUAACAUACACGUAUUUACAUUGGAGAACAUAAUGAGAAAUAUAAUACAGUAGUAAACAAAACAAUUUUUCAAUUUCAGUAUAAGUAGAUGAGAUUUUAGUUUUCUUACAUCGAGAACUAUGGAAAAAGUCAACAAUAUACCGUCAAAACAAUAAUGCUUAGACUCACUCACUGAACGAAACUCAUAUCAGACUAGUGCGCCGUUUAUCGACUGCGUUUUAAUUACGAACAAACAAAUUAUGAAAAGUUAGGAAGACAAAUGAAAACAAUGAGGUGAUUAAUUUCAAUAUAAGCUUUGGCAGAAAAGAAAUUACGUUAAUCAAUAACUCAUUUCUAAUCAUUUUUCAAAUGGUACAUACAUAAAUAAUUCGUAAAAACAAUUCAACACUUAAAACUAGUAUUGCAUAAGAAUACAUUAUACAAACGGACAUUUCUUUCAGAAUAUAAGUCUUUGAAAUACUUUUUAGAAAAAUAAUUAAUGAAAAAUCCAUAAUGUUGUCUCAUACGCAUAAAGUCUGGUUGUAGUACAUGUUCAGAUACUAAGUUGCGUUCAAAGUAUUAGUGACCUAUUUGAAGAAAAUUUAGUUGUGAAGGAGUCACUUAGUCGUCAUUACUUAUUUAAAUCCAUUAAGUUUCUUUUUACAACAAAAGUUACAAAAGAUAUAAAUAU